CCUAAACCGAGUUUUAACCAUGAACUUUAUAAGGAUUCUACUUCCUCUCUUUUUCGAACGCUACGAUUCUUUUUAUCGAAUAAAAUUGAACGUUUAAACUCUAGUUCUCAGGGUUUUGCAUUAAUAGUCGCAAACCCAUCUUAGAAAUUGACCAAAACCGCAGGAAAUUAUCAAUCUCCAUGAAAAUUUUUCGAAUGUCGAAUUUGUAAUAAAAUCUACAUUGCUUCCAGUGUUUGGAAAUGAAUAAAUUUGUACAGCAUAGAUUUUUUAGUGUUCUAAAAAAGAUAGCCUCUGAUGCAACAGUAGCACGCCAGAGAAAAUCCGAUGUUAAUUUUUACUUACAGCAGCUACGAGGGAUUCAUAUUCAUGUGGGUUCCCUGCUAUCGGAAAUUCAACCAGGAAGUUACAAAUGGAAAUGCCAUGCUGGUGAAGGAUCCUGGGAAGUUAAUCGUUCAUGGUGUUUUUUGGUUAAACAGAGUUUACAUUGCACAGGGGCUUAUAUGGCUAUUAGAGAUUUUUAUGAGACACUUGGAGUCCGUAGAGAUGCCAGCCAAGAUGAAAUCAAGAAUGCUUUUCGGGAUUUGGCUAAAAAAUAUCAUCCUGAUUUGAAUAAGGGCGACUCCAGUGCAAAACGCAAGUUUCAAGAGAUACAAGAUGCUUAUGAGGUUUUAAAAGAUCCUAAGAAGCGAACUCAAUAUGACAGGCUUGGUACCAAGGGUUUUGAAAAAGGAGGAUCAGCAGAUGAUCGAACAACUGAUACGAAUACUGGGUUUGGCAGUGGUUAUCGUGAUCCCUUUGCAGAUGACUUUCAUAGAAUCUUCCACGAGUUCUUUCAAAGUGAAGCAGAGAGUCAUGCAGCUGACAUACAGGUAGAUCUGCAAUUGACAUUUCUUGAAGCUGUCAAGGGUUGCACCAAACGUCUCUCCUUCAUUGCUCCUGUGCGAUGUGAUACAUGCAAGGGCAGUGGACAUCAUCCGGGGGUCAAUGCACAAAUUUGUCCGACUUGUAAAGGCUUAGGGAGAGUUACUAUUCCUCCAUUUACAUCAACGUGCAUGACAUGUAAAGGAUUUGGCCGUAUUGUGAAGGAAUUAUGCCAUACAUGCAAAGGUCAUGGAACUGUCAGAGGACAGAAGGAGAUUGAUGUGACUAUCCCAGCAGGGAUUAAAUCAGGGGAUACAAUCAGUGUGCCGAGGGCCGGUGCAAGUGGGAAUCGAGGAGUUCCACCUGGGAAUCUCAAUAUAAAUAUUCGGGUUCAUGAUGAUUCUACCUUUCGAAGAGAUGGGGCAGACAUAUAUUAUCAUGCAUCCAUCAGCCUUACAGAGGCUAUUCUUGGUGGAAAAAUAAAUGUGCCAACUUUAUCAGGUGACAUGAUGUUGAAGAUACCAAAAGGAGUUCAACCUGAUGAUGUGGUUGUGCUUAGAGGAAAAGGAAUUCCUAAGCAUGUUGGAUUUAUUGACAAAGGAGAUCAAUAUGUGAAAUUCUGCGUGAAAUUACCCAUGAAAAUAACUGAACGCCAACGGUCAAUUCUUGAAGAGAUUGCAAGGGAUGAAGCCACUCAAGGUGAAGAUAUGUUUCUGGAAGGAAGCUGGUUGGACCGCAUCACUGAUUGGCUAUCUGAUGUAAAGAACCGGUUUGUUGACUGGGUUGCCGAGAGGAAGGUUGUGCACAUAGUCGAUUUGCCAUCUGAUGUGAAAGUGAUCCUUUCACUUUCUGUAAUUACAUAUUUGAUACUGGUAUUGACCAGAUCUAUAGGUUAGUUUAGAUAGCAGAAUUGAAGCAGUCCUUUGGGUAUGGGCCCAUUUUUUGACAUUUUUUCAUAGGUACAGAUUAUGCACAGGUUAUGCUGAUGAUGACGUUGAUGAAAAAACUGAUCAUACAGUCGAAUAAAAAAAACCAUCAAGCUAAUAGAUCAUGUACGUGUUAUUCUGUGUCAUUUUUUGUUUUAUAAUAAAUAAAGUAAAUAAUAUUCACACGUUGGUGAGUUUA